GCGUGGCCCAGCGCAGCGCGGCAGGAUGGAGGACGCGCUGCGCACGCGCACGGAGCAGGUGUUCGCCGACUACCUGGAGUUCUGCGCGCGCGAGCCCCACACCCCGGGCCUGCGGCCGCGCAACCGGGAGGCGGCCGCGCUGCGCACUGCGGCCGAGGAGCUGCGGCGCACGUACCGGGGCUACUUCGCGCGCUACCAGAACUACAACGGGAACUGCGCAGAGCUGCUAGACACGCUGAUGGACGCGCUGCUGCCCGAAGGCGUCAAUCCCACGUGGCUGCGCAUGGUGACGUGCGCGGCCCUCGCAGGCACGCUGCUGCAGCACCCCGGGAGACGCCAGCCGGAGGAGGUGACCCGCGACUGUGAGCGCCUGGUGGGCCGGCUGACCACGCGGUUUGCGAGGCGGCACCGCGCCUGGCUGGAGUCGCGCGGCGGCUGGGAAGGCUUCUGCCUCUCCCUCCAGGGUCCCUUGCCACUCUCCUACUGGAAAGCACGGCUGUUCCAGACUUUUAUGUCCUGCAUCUUGGCAACGGUCCUCAUCUACUUGUGGACACGAGUCUACCGAUACUUGUAAAAUUUUAAUCCAUUUAGCCCGCACAGCUGACCAGCCAAGUGAUUUUAGCUGCGGGACCAGAAAAACUGAGGAAAAAUUCCCGAGACUGUGACCUGCUUGCCCUGGGGUGUCCUGUGGUUAGGGACGUGACCAGUGAGGACCAGGACCAGUGGCCCUUCUUGGAGCUGGGAGAUGAGAAGUCGGAGGCCCAGUGCUCUGAACCCCUGAGGAAGAACUGGUUCUGUCACCUGGACGCAGUGCCACCCCGUGCCUGCAGCAGAGGCCUGCACUGACGGUUGUGUCCUUGAGAGCCACUUCCUGUGCCAGUGCUCACUUUCCACGCACAUGGCCCAGGCAGAGGAACCCUGCGGUGCCCACAUCUCAGUGCGCCCAGGAACAGAACAGAAACCCUUUCACAAGGAAUUCCCUGAUGUCUCCUCUGAAACCUAAAUCCUUUGAUAUGCAAUUCCUGGAACCCACAGGUUUAGAGUUAAAAGACUAAUUUUUCCUCUGACUUUAAUACAUUUUAAGUAACUUUUAAAGUUUUAAUAAAUAUCAUUUUUAAAAGCUUU